UUGGUUCUACAGACAUGCACGUCCUCGCCUUUACCUUUCUCGUCGUGCUAUUACCAACAGUAUUUUGCGGCCAAUGCUCAACUCGUGUCGACGGAACUUACAAUCUGAACUGUCAUCAGUUCGUUCGCUGCGAGAACCAAGUGGCCACCGUGAUAUCAUGUCCACAACAUCACGUCUUCGACAGAAUCACCGGCAAAUGUGACGAGUCAGUCAACGUUGCUCCACCAUGCGGCAUAUUCAAGGCCUGCGUCACGAAAGGUGAUGGGAGAUACGCUGAGUUGGCAAAACAUUGCAGGUCGUAUUACACGUGUCGUGGUGGGAUUCUCCUUGGACACAACGUCUGUACACCAGGUACGGUUUUCAAUGAAGACCUUCAGACAUGUGACUGGCCAAGUGACGUGAAACAACCAUGUGGAACUAAACCCUAAACGUCUUUAAAAUGGCCUUGAAGACAAAACAACAUUCAACAAACGUUUUACAUAUUUAUAUUACGAAUGUAUCAUGGAUGAAUGCCAAUAAACUGAAUCUUAUAAUG